AUGCCUGCUUUGCUCUACCGUUUGCCCCAGGAUCUGAGCUACAACCAGCUCACGGAGUGUCCCCGGGAACUGGAGAACGCCAAGAACAUGCUGGUCCUCAACCUUGGCCACAACAGCAUCGAGACCAUCCCCAACCAGCUCUUCAUCAACCUGACGGACCUGCUCUACCUCGACCUGAGCAACAACAAGCUGGAGAGCCUCCCACCGCAGAUGAGACGCCUGGUCCACCUCCAGACCCUCAUCCUCAACAACAACCCCCUCCUGCACGCGCAGCUCCGGCAGCUCCCAGCGAUGACGGCCCUGCAGACCCUCCACCUCAGGAACACCCAGCGCACGCAGAGCAACCUGCCCACCAGCCUCGAGGGCCUGGCGAACCUGGCAGACGUGGACCUGUCCUGCAACGACCUCAGUCGUGUUCCCGAGUGCCUCUACACCCUGGGCAGCCUGCGGCGCCUCAACCUCAGCAGCAAUCAGAUCACGGAGCUGUCCCUCUGCAUCGAUCAGUGGACCCAGCUGGAGACCCUCAACCUGUCCCGCAACCAGCUCACCUCCUUGCCUUCGGCCAUCUGCAAGCUGACCAAGCUGAAGAAGAUUUACCUGAACUCCAACAAGCUCGACUUUGACGGGAUCCCCUCAGGCAUCGGCAAGCUCGCCAACCUUGAGGAGUUCAUGGCGGCCAACAACAACCUGGAGCUCAUCCCCGAGAGCCUGUGCAGGUGCUCCAAGCUGAGGAAGCUGGUGCUGAACAAGAACCGCCUGGUGACGCUGCCAGAGGCCGUCCAUUUCCUGACGGACGUGGAGAUCCUGGACGUGCGAGAGAACCCCAACCUGGUGAUGCCCCCGAAGCCGGUGGAUCGGACGUCGGAGUGGUACAACAUCGACUUCUCCCUGCAGAACCAGCUCCGCCUGGCUGGAGCCUCCCCGGCCACCGUCGCGGCCGCCGCGGCAGGGAGCGGCACCAAGGACCCGCUGGCCCGCAAGAUGCGGCUCCGGCGGCGCAAGGACUCUGCCCAGGACGACCAGGCCAAGCAGGUGCUGAAGGGGAUGUCGGACACGUGGCCCAAGAAGAACAAGAAGAUAGAGGAGAGCGGGGAGGCGAAGGCGCCGGACCUGAAGACGCGCCGCUGGGACCAGGGCCUGGAGAAGCCGCAGCUGGACUACUCGGAGUUCUUCAGCGAGGACGUGGGGCAGCUGCCCGGUCUCUGCGUCUGGCAGAUCGAGAACUUCGUGCCCACGCUGGUGGACGAGGCUUUCCAUGGCAAGUUCUACGAGGCCGACUGCUACAUCGUGCUCAAGACCUUCCUGGACGAGAACGGCUCCCUCAACUGGGAGAUCUACUACUGGAUCGGGCAGGAGGCCCCGCUGGCCAAGAAGGCCAGCUUUGCCCUCAGGGGGGACCGAGGGUCCCCCAUGUCCCCAAACCAGGGCCACGGCCAUCCCAUCUCACACCCCGUCCCUCCCCAGACCUUCCUGGACGAGAACGGCUCCCUCAACUGGGAGAUCUACUACUGGAUCGGGCAGGAGGCCACGCUGGACAAGAAGGCCUGCUCUGCCAUCCACGCCGUCAACCUCCGCAACUACCUGGGGGCUGAGUGCCGCAGCAUCCGGGAGGAGAUGGGGGACGAGAGCGACGA